CACAGAAGGCGAAUGCAAAUGGCGGUUGUUAUUGUUCGUGGAAUUUCUAUAAUUACGAAGAUUUUUUUACAAAAUAAACAAGAAAAACACAUUGCUACAGCAAUUGCAAUAAGCUGAAAAGCAACUACAUAUAUUCAAUUACAUCCGUGUGCGGUUACCAAGUGUCCAUUCGCUCGCGCUUCGUGUGAAAUUAUGCUACAAAUUUGCUACCAAACGCAAUCGUUGUAACAAGAAAAAAUUUCAGGCGCCACUGAAAAGCAAUAUUAUUAGUUUCAAUGCAUGCCAUGAAAGACAGUGAAAGCACAAUAAAUUGAAUCAAUUUGCUGUGAAUGCCAUCAACUAUAUUGUAAACAACGAGCUGUGCGAUUUCUACACGAAAAAAGUUAUUAAAGUGACGCAGGAAAAUCGGAAUCGGCAGCAGCAGCAAAAGCAAACCAACACCAACGGAGCCCUGCCCGCGCCCCGCACGUUUUCAGUGUAUGUGUGUGUGUGUGCGAAAGUGUGUGUGUGUUGAGGCUACUAUUAAAAAGUAGCAGGCAGUGGAAAAAAAAUGACCAAAAACAAAGUUGCAAAGGUUAAAUAAAGUAACUAAAAGAAUCAUUAUCUGGAGAUGAGCGGAUCCAGUCCAGUGAAACCUAACAACAAAUAGUGGCCACCGCGAGCAAGUGUGUAACGUGAGAGGAGAGCGAGAGAGAGCGCGUGAGUUUUGUGGCAACCAAAAAGGCGACACAUGCAACGUCGUCGUCCCAAUUAUCACCGCCGCUGCUGCACGCUGGUUAGGGUUAUCUUGCGGCCAGGAGUCGUCCAGUCCACCAACAGCAAUCUCUGGUUCAGCAAAGACAAUACAUUUUGGUACCGCGUAUCGGUACCGGAGCACAAACAACGGAGGAUUACCAAUUAAUAAUGCAAAAAUGCAAUUGUUUAAAUGCAAAGGACGACGCUACAUGAAUUUGCAUUUGCUGCAAAUAAUAAAUUUCAGUUCGGGCGGGGAUAUGUGUUUUGUGUUCUACUCUUGCCGUUCGCGUUCUUCGACUUCGACACCUAUUCGAUACGACGACUGUUUGUGCUAAAUGCGAUAUUUGAGCAGCAUUCUACCAAUUAAAUCUACGACGCGUGCGAUUGUCGUGUGAUGAUAUGCCACUUAAACAGCAGCUCGAACCGUCAUCUGUGCGGAUAUCGGUGUCUCUCCCGUGGGAUGCAGCGCAGCGGCUACGUCAACUGGCAGCCGAGGGCAAUACCGCUCUGCGUGCCCUCGGCAUUCUGUCCGUGCAACCUGAAGGCGAUUCUGUGAUAACUUUGAAAGUUGGUGGACAAGAUAUUAAAAUAACAAAAGAUAAUGUUAAUGAUGUGGUAGGAGCAGGAGGAGGAGGUGGUACAAUUGAGGCGGCUGGCACGUCUUCCAACAAAGGUUUGGCGACGCAUUUGUCGGCCCCGAAUUUCGAUGGUCCCAGCACCAGCAAGGCGGCGUCAGCCUUCUUGCAGCAGCAGCAACAGCAGCAGCAGCAGCGGAUCGUACAAUUACCGCAAAAUGUUUCAAACGAUGCAAUCUCAAAUCAACAGCAGCGGCGCCCGGGGCUGCCACAGCAGAAGAUGCAACAGCAGCAGCAGCAGCAACAACAGCAGCAGCACCAGCUGCCGCCAUCCACACCGCCCGUCUUCAAGUCCCCCAACACGGUGUGUCCCAUGGAGGGUAAAGUGCCACUGCUGCUGCCCUCGCCAUCGGGCACGCCCAAUGUGCCAAGGGAUUAUCCCUUCGAGAGCAUGCGACAGGCUCGUGUCCUGCAGGGUAGGGAGACAUCGACCGUCAGUGGACUGGGACCGCCGCCGCCUCCGCCAAAUGUGACGCUAAAGGUGUUGAAGAAUCCGCCACAGAAUGGAGAACUUCAACCCACAACGCCGCCAGGAACGGGACUGGGGCCUGGGCCGGGGCAGGGGUCGGUCAACAAAUCUCAAUUCAUUCAACCACCGCCUCCGCCAUACCCGGGUCUGGGAGCGACUACAGCGACAGCUACCAACAGCUCUCCCAUAGCCAUAGCGGGGGUGAGUGCGAGUGCCAAGCAGCCUGCAAUCGCAGUCGCAAACGCAUCUGCCUCCAGUCCACUCCCACAUCCGCACCCGCAUCCGCCGCCUCCAUCGGCAACGUCGACAGGCAGCAACAACAUUGCCAUAUCGUCGCCGCUGCUGGUGAAUCUGUUGCAGAACGACGGCAAUGCCAUGUCGAAUCCAAAUCAAAUGAAAUCGCCACUGCAGUCGCCAAUGAUCAAUAUGAGUCCCAGUGGUGCGCAGAUGAUGAACUCGCCGAUGCGUUCCUCUGGCCCGGCAACGCCCAGCGAUUUUAUGAUGAACGAUGUCCUCAGUCCGGUGAUACCUUCAUCUCCCACAACACCACAACAGUCGGCAACUGUGCCCUGCCCGCCAGUGGUUAUGCGGAGCAUGCAACAGCAACAACAACAACAGCAGCAGCAGCAAGCUAUGCUCAGUCCCAGUGGCAACAAUGGCAAUCAUUUGUAUCCUCAGCAGCCUAUACCCCAACAUCGCUUUCCGCAUCAAAUGUCACCACAGGGAAUUGCACAAUUGCACGCAUUGCGGCAGCAACAAUUUCCACGCUUGCAGCCACAGCAGCAGCUACAGGGCAUGCAGCCGCGAUUCAUGCAGACCUCACCUCAGCAGCAGCAACAACAGCAGCAGUUUCAGCCUGCACCUGAUUGCUUCAACAACAUGGGCAUGAGUCCCAUGCCACAACAACAACAGCAGCAGAUGAGGCAGCAGCAGCAAAUACGACCUGGUGGAAUGCCACUGGCGCCUCCGCCGCCACAUCCGCAGCAACAGCAGCAGCAACAGGCACAUCAGCGUCUCAUGAGUAUGCCUAUGCAACCGCAAGCCUCGCCCCAGGCACAGGCGCAGCAGCAACAGCAGCAGCAGCAGCAAUUCAUGAGUGGGGCCUCGCCCCUUGGCCCAGCGCACUCACCCGCCUCCAGUCACCAUUCGAUGCACAGUCCGCUGAUGGCCAAUCAUCAGCCAUCACAGAUGGUGUCGCCAGUGGCUCCUGCACCUGGCCCCGUUCCCGUUACGGCUUCGAAUGAGCUGGCGGGGACACAUAUGCAACAAAAUGCACAUCAUGUACCUGCAGCGCCACCGCCGGACUACAAUCAGGCGGCGGCCAAUUCACGCUGGCCGGCACUCAACAAGCCAAUGGACUCGGUGACCAAGAGCAGUUUCCAGGAGUUUACGCGCUAUCAGAUGCAAUACAAUCUCCAGCAGCAGCAGCAACAGGUUCAUCUGCCAGGACAGCAGCAGCAGCAACCGCAGCAGCAACAACAACAGCAACAACAACAGCAACAACAACAACAACAUCAGCUGCCACCGCCUCCAUUGCCAACGCAACAGCAGCAGCAACAACAGCAACUGCAACUGCAGACACAGACACAGCCAGCAGCUGGGUCACAGGGCACGCAGCAGGGCCCACAGGUGGAUCCAUUGAUGUCGCUCUCUGUGCUGGAUGCCUUAACCACAAACGACUUGGACGCUUUACUGCCAACUCUCAACUGUGAUCUUGACUCGACGCUUAGUCUCGAAGAUAAAAAUGAGCUCGAAUCCUUGCUGCAAGAUGCAAAGGAUCUGGAUUUGGAUUUAAUUGAGGAGAAUCUGUCGGCGGUAAUGGAUGUGGGAGAUGCAUUGAGCACGUUGCAAGAGGAACAGCAGCAACCGCAGCAGCAGCAAGUUGUAAUGCAUACCCAACAGCAGCAGCAUCAGCAAAUAAUUGGCGGCAUGCCCUAUCAGCAACAGCAGCAACUACAGCAACAGAUGAUGAUGCAGCAACAGCAGCAAAGGCAGCAGCAACAGAUGCCACAGUUGCAGCAACAACAGCGGCAGCACCAGCAGCAAGUCCAGCGGCAAAUGCAACUGCAACAGCAGCAGCAACAACAGCAGCAACAGCUGCUGAUGGCUCAACGCCAGCAACAACAACAGCAGCAGCAACAACAACAACAACAACAGCAACAACAGUUGCAAGUGCAACAACAGCAGCACCAGCAACAGCAGCAAAGACCGCCACAGAAACAGUUCAUCAUCAAUCCACACACUGGCGACAUGGAGCCAAUGGCCAGCGAUGACAGCGAUACAGAGGCUGAGCAGGAAACGGCCCAAUUGCCAUUCCGCAGCAGCAUGUCCAGUGGCUUGAACAACUUCAGCUUCAAUCCCGCCAACGAUAUGCUACUGCCGAACAAUAUCUUCUCCGAGGAGGACUCCAACUCGGCGCAGCAAAUGCCGCUGGCGGGCACUGGCAGCAGUGAUCAGGAGCGUUCCCGGGACUCCCUGGCAUCCAAUAAGUCUGGCGCCUCAAAUCGGGGCAGAAAGGGCGCGGGCCCGGCAGCUGUCAAGGCGAAUCACAGCAAUUUGGGUGGCGAAAGCUCGCCACGAUCCAGCAACAGUUCUCCACUAAUUGGUGGACUGAACUCGCCCCAAUCGGCGGCUGCCAGUGGGGUCGCAGCGGCAGCGGCAGCGUCCAGUAAGAAAGCAAAACCGAAUCUAUUACGGGGCAAGCUGCAGCAGGGUGUGAAGGAGCGCAAAGCCAAGGAUACGACAGCGACGCCGAAACCCAAGAGAGAACGGGCCAAGGGAAAUGCCAAGACAAAGGCGGCGGAGGAGAAGCUUAAGCUGCGAUUGAAGAUUGACAAAGUGGAGCCGGGCAUGGGCUACGAUGGACAGAUAAUUGUCAAUCAUCAGCAGACAGUUGUAAGCAACAAUCAUAUGCAACAACAAGCACUGCCAAUGCAGACACAGCUGCUGACAUUGCCAACGCAGCAGCCGCAGCAGCAGCCACAGCAGCAGCAACAUCCGCAGCAACAUCCGCAGCCGCUACCACAACAACAACCCCAGCCUCAGCAACAACAUCAGCAGCAGCAGCCACUGCCCCAGGGACAUCUUCAGCAACAGCAACAUCCACAAGCCCAACAUCAUCCAGUGUACACCAACUUUCAACAGCAGCAACAACAGCAACAAUCUGUACAAGGUCUCAAUGAACCACGUGUGCCACCACUGCAGAUUCGUUUGCGUGGAAAGAAUCAUGUUGUAGUUAAGAAUACGCGCAAGGAUCGCAAGAAGCUGCAAACGCCACUGGUACUGGGACACGGACAGGGACAGGAGCUGAACAACAUCACCGAUGAGCGUCAACUGAAGCGAAGCUACAGCGAGCAGCUGCCGCAACAGCAACAGCAACUUCUUCUGGAUGGUUUGGCGGAUAACAAGACGGCAAAGCUGACGCCUCCGCCACAUGUGAAUGGGCUGCCCAUACUCAUACAGAAAACCACACAGUCGACAGCUGGCAUGCAACAGCAUCUGCCGACGGGUGCCACCAAGACCACCACAAUUGUGGCGGGAAAGAAUGGUUUGACCAUCAGUGCCAUCGUUGAGGCUGCGCACAAGGCUCAGGCACAGGCCCAAGCGCAGGCUCAAGCCCAAGCACAGGUGCAUGGAGUUGGCAGUGGUGAUGGCCAGUUGAUUGUGGGCUCCACGAAUACGGGAACAACACCGACGACAUCCACAACGCUACAGCAGCAGCAGCUGAGCAAGAUAGCCACAUCGUUGCCCAGCAGCAUCACUUUGAGUGCCAUCAAUAGCAGCAACAGCAACAACAACAACAACAAUAAUAAUAUUGCAAGCAGUGGCGUCAUCAACAUUAACAACAACAAUAACAACCGACUGCUGACCAUGAAGAAUCAGAUCAAGACUGCGGCUACCAUCACGCCCAUUGUGGGUGGAAAGCCGAUGACAAAAAACCAUAAGCCGCCGCCAUACAUCACAGCCGUGCAACAGCUGCAGCUGCAGAAGCAACAGCAGCAGCAACAGCAACAACAGCAGCAGCAGCAACAACAACAGCAGCAGCAGCAACGACAACUGGCGGCGGCCGUAACCAUGUUGCCCAGUGCAACGACACUGAAACGUGUCGAGAUCACCAAGGUCACAGCAGCUCCACAGGUGGUGACAACAACAGCAGAGGCUCCGAGCAUACCAACCAUACCGCCAUCCGCCACAAGCAAUCUGACGACCAUGACGACCACAACUACACAAACGACAAACCAGCUGAUCUGUGAUAGAAAGUUGCCAGUGGCAACUACGGCAACGGCAAUGCCUCUGACUGCGGUCAACAAUGUGGUGGUGGCGGCUGUCAGUCAGCAGCAACAGCAGCAGCAGCAGCAAGCACCAGCAUCAGUGAAUAACAGCAGCUCCCUCUCCACAUCAACCUCAUCCUCAUCCUGCUCAUCGGUAUCCUCGGCGACGAUCAUUACCAGCUCUACCUCUACCUCAUCGCCGGCUGCACUGCCCAGCACUCUGCGCAGCUCGCCGGCCAGCAAUGGCAGUGGAACGCCCGGACACGGCAACAAUGGCGGUGGCGAGGAUAGCGGCAUUGAGUCUAUGGACGCACUGUCCGAGAAGAGUCCACACCAGCUCUCCUCCAGCAGUCCGAUACAAAUCAGCAAGGCAGCCACAGCCACCAUUGUUGCUGCUGCCACACAACAGCAACAGCAGCAGCAGCUAACGAGCAGCAGCUCUAUGACAAGCACAGCCACAGUAGUUACGACGGCUGCCGCGAUGGUCGCCACCACAGUGACACCCGUAGCACCGUGUUCCGGCGGUGUCUCUCUAACACAGCAACAGAUGCAGCAGGCUGACGAUGAAAUUGAGAAAGCAUUGGCCAAAAUGGAGGGCGACUUUCCCGAUGACCUCGAGAACAUUGUCUCCAAUGUGGUGAAGGAGGCGAGUGAGUGUGCCAGUGCGGGCGGUGGCUAUCAUCUGAGCGGUUUGGAGCCAAAAGUGACGGCAGCAGCAGCAUCAGGAGUGGCAGUCGCAACAUCAGCAACAAGCAACGUCAAGUUGAAUGGAGAGCACAGUAUACUCGAACACGAUGAUCUCAUCAAGAAACUCACAGACAGCAAGACGACACCAGCGGCUACAGCUGAGGCCAAGGCGAAGGUGAAGCUGGAGGAGAUGCCGCCACUGUUGUCCAUUAAAAAGGAGGCAGCUGGAGCCCCAAAGUCGGGCCUAAUAAAAGUCGAUCAAGUGCCCAAGUUGGCGGCAGAACUGAAGUUGGAGUUGAAAGUGGAGCCCAAGCUGGAGGAGAAGAUAUCUGAGAAGACUAACGCACACGCUGAGGUCAAUGCAGCGGGUGGAGCUGCUUCUCUGCAGCCCAUUUCGAUAGAGAUACCAGCACAGACGGACGGCGAGACGCCGCGGAUAAGGACACGGGCCAGCAGUCGCCUGGAGAGUCCGUUGGAUGCUGCCCAAAAGACCAGUCCCGAGGCAGCAGCUGGCAAUACCGCAACCACACCUGCACCUGCACCAGUGCCUGCCACGGCAAAGAAUAUAUCGCGAUCCUCCUCCAAUGCCAGUCCGCGUGUCCUCACGCCUACGCCAGUUCACAAUAACAAUAACAACAACAACAAUAGCAAGCGACGACGGCAGGAAUCGGAGUGUGGCAGCAGCAAUGAUGCCGCCGAUGUGACCGAAAACAGCAGCAAGCGUGCUCGUGUGAGCCUUGGCGGAAGCGUGGCUGUUCCCCCCACAAAUGCGACCGAGAUGGCGGUUGAUCAAAGCACGGGAGCCACAGCAGCAGCACUGCCCAAAAAGAUUGAAAUCGAAUCAUCCGACUCGGAUGAGCCGCUGAUUGAGGUGGCCGGCAAGGUGCGCAACUCCAAGGCGCAAGUGGAGGCAGAUGCUGCGGCAGCUGUAGCAGCAGCAGCAGCGGCGGCAGCAGCCGUAGAGAAGCACGUGACGCGACGCAAUGCCCAGCAGCAGCAGCAACAACAACAACAACAACAGCAGCAGCAGCCGCACAAACCCGCUAGCAACAGCUCGUUUAGUGGCACGCCCCCGCUAGGCACUCCACGGAGUGGUAAGGCUCAGGCGGCAGGUGCCGCUGCCAGCAGCAAUCACAAUUCCAGCGGCAGCAGCAAUUCCAACAGCCCCAGUGUGCCCAUAUCAGUGGCAGGAGCAGCAGCAACAGCAGCAUCGCCUGGUGGAGCUGUACUUGCCACCAGCAGCAGCAGCAGCAGCAACACCCAAAACAACAGCAACACAAAUGUGGUACAUGCGACGCGAGGCGCCACAGCAGCAGCAGCCGGCAGCGGUGGGACCCCAAACAAUGUCGGUUCUGCCAGCUCGCCCACGGACGAAAAGAUCGGCACGCGGCGAAGCGUGAGGGCCAGUGCUGCUGCCAACAAGAUAAUUUAUAGUCGCAGCAACGCCGCAGCUGCUGCUGCUGCAGCCGCUGCCGCAGCCGAACCGAAGGGCACACCGUUGAAGGCGGGAGUGGGAAAUGCCAACAAUGCCAAUGCUGCCAAUGUGGAGAGCGUGGCCGAGGCCAGACGAAAGACACGCAGUGCAGUCAUUGGCGAGUCCAUGCUGACCGAGGGACGCCGGAGAAGAGCAUCGCGUGACUACAAGUGACCAGAGUUUUGCGCCUUGGCUAAAGGCUU